ACCGGACCGUCCCUGCUCACCUGCGCCCGCGCGCAGACCAGGUUUGUGAUGAUGAAAUCGAGAAGCUUUUGGUUCUUUUCUGUGCUGUGUGGGGUCUUUCUAUGGCCCACCCUGGGACAGAUGGAUUCAGACAGGAGCAGACGCCCUCUUUUAGAAGCAAGAAGGCGGCAACAAGAGGACUCAAGGAGCUUUGAAGUCACCAGAAGAAAAGUCCCCUAUGGUCAAGAUGGACUUCAUGCCUCUUGUGAGAAGAAAUAUUGUAGCCGUGGGAGUAAAUGUGCCGUAAAUAAAGUGACUCAGCAGCCCGAGUGCAGAUGUCUGGACGAUUGCAAGCCCAGUUACAUGCCCGUGUGUGGAUCUGAUGGCAAAUUUUAUGAAAAUCAUUGUGAACUCCAUCGGGCCUCCUGUCUGCAGAGGAAGAAAAUCUACAUUAUCCACAGCAAGGACUGCUUUUUCCGAGGGGAUGUGUGUACGAUGGCGGACUUCAGCCGCAUGAAAAGCAUUGUCCUGGAUCUCCAAGCCCACCGCCAGCCCUGGAGAGGGGUGGAGACGGGUGAGAGUACACCCCAGAAACGUCUCCUGGUCGAAGAUAUGUUUAAGUACGCCGAUGUCAACAGCGAUGGGCACCUCAGUGGCACUGAACUGGCUCAGUUAAUGAAGAAGGAGGAUUUAGAGGGUGAUUUCUUGGAUUGUAUGCCGGAAGACCUUCUCCGAUUUGAUGAUUACAACAACGACGGUUUCCUGACCCUUCAGGAACUGUACACUGCAUUCCAGGUGGUUGAACUCACACUUCUGCCUGAGCAGAAAAUCAGUGUGACCACGGUAACAGUUGGGCUGAGCACUGUGCUAACCUGUGCCAUCCGUGGGACGCUGAGGCCGCCCAUUAUCUGGAAACGCAAUGGAAUCUCGCUGAACUUCUUGGAUUUGGAAGAUAUCAAUGAUUUUGGAGAAGAUGAUUCUCUAUACAUCACCAAGGUAACGACUAUUCACAUGGGCAAUUACACCUGUCAUGCCUAUGGCUAUGAGGAGCUGUAUCAGACCCACAUUCUUCAGGUGAAUGUGCCACCCGUCAUUCGAGUUCACCCUGAAACACAAGCCCAGGAACCAGGAGUCUCCGCAAGUCUGAAAUGUCAUGCAGAAGGCAUUCCCGCCCCCAGAAUUUCUUGGCUAAAAAACGGCAUGGGCAUCAUACCAAAAUUGUCCAAGCAGCUGACACUUUUAGCUAAUGGGAGCGAACUGCACAUCCGCAGUGUCCGCUAUGAAGACACCGGUGCCUAUACCUGUAUCGCUAAAAAUGAGGUGGGGGUGGAUGAGGACAUUUCUUCUCUCUUUAUUGAAGACUCGGCCAGAAAGACCCUGGCAAACAUACUGUGGCGAGAGGAAGGCCUCAGUGUGGGGAACAUGUUCUAUGUCUUUUCCGAUGAUGGAAUCACUAUCAUUCAACCCAACGAGUGUGAGAUAAGAAGACACAUCAAACCGAACGAGAAGAUUUUUACCAGCUUCGAAGAAAUCUGCCCCAAGACAGAAGGCACCACCAUUCAGUCCUGCUGCUGGGCCUCUGCUGUCAAUGUACGAAACAAGUUCAUCUACGUGACCCAACCACAACAGAGCCGAGUCCUGGUCAUAGAUGUCCAAACACAGAAAGUCAUACAGUCUGUAGGUGUGGAUCCUCUACCAACGAAACUGUAUUAUGACAAAUCACAUGACCAAGUCUGGGUCCUGAGCUGGGGCGAUAUGUACAAAUCUCAUCCAAGCUUACAGGUGAUAUCAGAAGCAAGUACAGGGGAAAAUCAGCACAUUAUCCGAACACCAUUUGAAGGCGUGGAUGACUUCUUUAUUCCACCAACAAAUCUGAUCAUCAAUCAUAUAAGGUUCGGCUUCCUCUUCGACAGAGUGAAGUCUGCCGUUCACAAAAUCGACCUAGAGACAGUGACUCUCCUCAAGACCAUCAGCUUCAAGAACUUCAGCUGUGUCCCCUGGGCAAUGGCCCACAGCCACUUGGGCGGCUACUUCUUUGUCCGCUGUAGAAGCAAUGGCUCAGCGCCAGCCCCGCCGCAGCUCGUGAUAGACAGCGUCACCGAUGCCGUCGUCGGCCCAAACGGGGACAUGGCGGGCAUGCCCUACGUUUCCCCCGAUGGGCGUUUUGUGGUCAGCGCGGAAGAGGACGGGGGCAGGCUGCGUGUCCAGACCCUGACAGUCCAAGGGGAGAUCCAUACGCUUUAUGAUUUAACCACGGGUUUCCACCUCUCUGACCUAACCUUUCAACCCUCUUUCACCGAAGGCGAUCAGUAUUACCUUUAUGCUGCGUCCCGCUCGCAGACAGAUGUGCUUUUUGUAGAGCUCUCGACUGGGAGGAUGAACAUUCUGAAGAACCUCAAAGACCCUCUGCCGGCGGAAGACUGGCCCUGGGACCGAGUCAACCGAAUCAUGCGAGACAGCGGCCUUUUUGGGCAGUACCUGAUCACACCUGCGAAGGAGUCCCUGUUUGUCAUCAACGGGAGGCAGAAUGCAUUGCGCUGUGAGGUCUCUGGUAUCAAGAGGGGAAACACAGUGGUUUGGGUGGGAGAGGUAUGAGGGGGCCAGGAAGCGGUGGCACCUUCCAACACAGUCACAGUCGGACCCUUCCACUGCAGCAGACAAGCAGUAGUAUUGUAUAUUUUUACACGGAAAAACGAAAAACAAACCUUGUAUAAGCUUUGUGUUGCAACACUGGUCUACCUGCAAGUUUUAUAGUCUAAAGAACGCUCUGCUAAUAAGAAUGGGGCUGCUUAGGGGGGAUAUUUGUUAUUGCUGUCAGGAAGUCUGAUUUCUGCCUUGGGCUAUGAAGAGAGCAUGGUGGGGGUAGGGCUAAGGCCCUGAGGAACAAGCCACAACCUUGAUGAGACUGGAGAGCAGGACAAUGCCACACCUCGUGGGUGGUGACCCAGCCUUUAGGGUUGUGAAAGAAGUGGCAGAAGCAGGUAGAAAUUGACCUGGCUCAUCUGCUUACCAGAUGGGUCUACUUGGCACUGGGAUGGACAUCAGACCCAAAGGCUGAAAUAUUUACUCCUUUUUGGUUACUGUCCUUUUUUGUGCUUUUUAAAUUUGGGGGGAGGGCAGUGAGUGUCAGUCUCAGAGUCAUCGUUUUGCCUUGCUUCUCAUAUUUGGGGGGGAGGAUGGGAUUGGAUGGGGGAGGGAGAAAGUUUGUUUUGUUAGGAAUACUUACAGUAAGAUACUGAAGGUUUGAAAUCAGAUGCUCAGGUGAAUGAUGGGCCGCCAGAUUAGCUUGUUCUGUCUCAUCAGCUGGGGCAGUAUCACAAUUCCUUGGCCCGAGGCUGGGGAGCAGGCUCUGGUUCCCAGUUCUUCCUCUUCUUCCUGAGGCCAAAUGUAACUGUUGGGACAAAGUGGAAAACCUUCACAAGCUGCCCAGGGAUUUUUGGAACCUUACUCCCCUCCAAUUAUCGUUGAAUUAUUUAAGGAAUUAAAGGACCAGCUUUUCAUUUUCAGGUUAAUUUAAGUUCCCCCAGUAACCUGCCCUAAAGCCAGCAGCAAUAUGAGUUGCUUUGUCAUAAACUGGAAAUUCACUGGGACCUUUCUAGACCUUUUAUUUGCCUCAGUUUUAUUAUUAAACAACAGUAUGAGUUUUACAAAUAAACAGACUCCGAGGACACCCCAGAAAGAAUGGGGUGAUGAUACACUGAUGGGGAUCAGAGCCAAUCAAAUGCCAUCUGCUGUUUGAUACCCAGCAGAAACCCCUCUUGAUUUUAUCAGAAGCCCAGCAAUGUCUGCUAAGCCACAGUCUCAUAGGAGGGAUCUGGGUCUUAAAAAUAGUUAGUGUCUCAAGAUUUUUUUUUUCAGGGGGCUUCAUAACCUCUGUUGCACUACGCUUAUACAAAACCAAUUGCUGAACAUGCACUGCAACACAAUUAAAAUGCUUCAGUUGCUAUGUUCAUUCACUAUCACUUUUAAAGGAAUUAUCUCACCGUGGAGUGCCCAAGAAACGGAACUCUGGCUGGCCAGUGUUGUUAGAAUUGAUGCUCAAAAGCAAUGGCAACUGCUGUAGAUAAAAGCCCACUGAGUUCUGAGAAGACCAUCUGUGGUAGGUCAGCUGGAGAAAGAUUUCCAUGAGAUAACUAUGAGAUAUAAGUUCAGUGACACGCCAGUGGGCCACACUGCUUUAAACUUGGCUUUCUACGCUCAUUGCGCAUGUUUUAUCUUACGAGCCAUAAGAGGGUUGGACCACACUGUUCCAUUGCUGAAACCUGGAAGCGAACUUCAACAUUCGUGGUGGGUGCACCAUCUUACAUAUCCCUUGAUGAGGAAACGUGACUGUUCUGGAAAGGAGGGGAUCGCCUUUGUAAGUACUGUUUUAAUAUGCACAACUCCUUUCUGGAUCCAAAACAUGAACGGCCAUUACACAUUUUGUCUUUCGGCUCUACCGUUAAACCAGCGUACCCUUUUCAAAGAUGCUUGAUCCAUCUCUGGUUUGUUCCCUUCGAAGAAGUUCAACAUGAUAGAGAUAAGACUUUGGUUUCUCAUUGAAGGUAAAGAAAAAUCACUUGUAAAUAUAUAUUCAGGUCACUAAUCUUGAGGUUAGAAGAUUGAUUCUUGUGUAAACUGUGAAACUCAUAACUGAUCUGUCAUCUUUCCGUUUGUCUCCGUAACCUCCCACUUCUGACUUAUCAGGUCGUACCCUCUGCUGUGUUUCUAAAUGAUGCUAUUUAUGCUGUUAUCCUGCUCAGACAAUGGAGUUUAAUCCAAAUCUUUUCUCAACCUGGAUGCUUUCCUUCUUCCGGGAAGGAGAACAGAUUGAAACUCUGUUUGCCUGAAACAGCCGGCUAGGAGAAGAUUUUAAUUCCUAAAGUCUCCUUUCCUUUUCCUGGGUAAAAUUUCUGGUGAGAGAGGAGAUGGAGGUCCAGCCCCUGGGCAAUCUUCUCCCAUUUGAAAUCUGGAGCUUUGAGGUACCAAAGCCAAUCCUCAGAGAGGCACUGCUUUGCUUCUAUUUUCAAACAAACAACAUUCCACCAAUCUAUCUUAAAAGCCUCCAUCCUUCCUUGGGGGCCUGUGCAUUACUUAUUGCUUAGCACACUGAACUAGCUAAAACUCCCUCUUUGAUGCUAAUUAAUUUCAAUCUCCUCCUGUGUUUGGAAGUGGGGAUAAGAUGUCUGACCUAGAGAGAAUAAGGGAUUCUAAGUUCCACCCUCCCCCUCUCCUGGAGCUACUGGACACAACAGACAUUCCUAUUCAUGAAAAGCAAGUCGCCAAACUAGUAAGAGUAUAGAAAAAUGUCAUAGAUAAGAUGGUUGAGUGUCCCUAACUCUUCCCCAAAUUUAGACGUUGGAAUCCUUGACUCAUAAAUUUUUCCAUUACCAAAAUCAAGUUAUUUUCCUCAGGGUCCCGCUGAGAGUGAAACGCAGAAAUGCCUUUCUCUCUCAAUGGCUCUUCAUGCCUCCUCCCUCCACGAUGAGCUGGUGUCCCUGGGAAUCAGAUCUCACUGAUUUCAGUUUCUUCCUCUGUCUCACUGGGAAACAUUCCAUCUGGGAAGCUCUUGCACCCCUAAAAGGCACACCUGCCCCCUCACCAUUUCUUCCUUCCUUCAGCAGAAGCUUUCUUAUAACCAACAUGCCAGAAGCAUCAGAGGAAGAGAAGAAUGAAUGGUACACAUAGGAGUUCAGUCCACCCAUGUAGAACUUUAGUCUUUGAAUUGGGGUCAGUCUUUGAGAAAGACCUUGCUGAUGUGGCUUGCCUUCUAUUCCACCCCCUGCCAACCGGGAGCAUCAACAUUUACUACAGAGUCACUAAGUUCUUGGGAGGCCUAUUUCAGUUCCUUCCCUGGCCAGGAAGCCCUUGAGCCUAGGGGAAUCCACCUUAUGCCCCUUACAAACAACUAUUAGCUAAACAUACUGAGGUCAGCGGUCCCAUGGUCCAGUCUACUGUCUCCAAGUGGAACCAAAGACAUCCCCAAAAACAGAGCAUUGAGGCUGUCCUCCUCAAGGUCAGGAAAGGUACCAUUGAACAUGCCUAACUUUCCUCUCUCUAUUCUCUCAUUAAUCAACUUAACUCUUGUUAAUUCUUCAAGUAUCCCUAAUGUGUUCUUCAACAACCUAUUGCCAGUCCUACAAUAACACAUGUUGAGGAACUAGGGAGUAUCCUUCUGACAUUGUAUGGUGUGCUCUAGCACAUUUUUCUUAAAAUGUGGGUUUCUUCAUGAGCUAGCCCUGGGUUAUACAAGAACUGACUGGGUAUUUAUCAUUACUUUUUCUUCAUGGCCUAUAUUAAAAGCUAUUCCUUCCAAACCCAGGCUUCCAGCAGACCUCUUCAAACCAUUAGGUUUAGCCCUAAACAAACAUGCUAAUUCCUUCCAUUUUCCCCAGCUCUUCCCUCCCCUUCUCAGGGCACGGGCUCCUGCCACUUUGGAGGACAGGGAUCCUAUCCACUCCCAAAUCACCAAGUCACUUUUUUUUUUAGUUGUCUGCCUGGUUAGCCCUGCCAACUCUUUUAUUGUAUUUG